AUGGAUGGCCCUGUGAUUCCACCAGACUCUGUUUGGUAUUUUGGCGAAAUCAGCCGGGAAAAAACAAACGAAAUCCUUCUUAACCAACCGGUCGGGACAUUUUUAAUUCGGGAUUCUUCAACUACUUCUGGCUAUGUUUUGUCCAUUAAGGAGAUUACCAAAGUAGUUCGCUAUUUAAUCAAUUAUUCAAAAGAGACGAGCGAAUUCACUUUUGGUAACCUAAAAUUCGAAUCCCUUGAAGCCGUUCUGGAGUAUUAUUCACAGGGGCGAUCAUCCGCCUGCUUUUUGGUUAAGCCGGCUCCUAAGGAGCGGCUUCUCGCAUUGUAUGACUUUCCAGGCGACAGGAAAGAAGAUUUACCUCUGUCCAAAGGUGACAUGGUGGCAUUCGUUAUUCAAAAAAAGGACUGGAUUUUGUGUUCGCUCAGCGAUGGUCGAAGGGGGUGGGUACCUGCCAAUCAUUUGGCUCCCUACAAAGCAGAACUACUAGCAAGCCUGAAAGUUGCCAGUGAAAAUCUGAACACCAUGUCCUAUUGCAGUCUUUGCGGUAUUCUCGGUGUUCCUGUUGACGCCAAAGUUAUACGUUCGCGGCUGCCGUCCAUAUUUCAGACCAAUCACUUGGAAAUUCAGAUGUCAGCGUUGCCGAGGGUGGGGAAGCUUGUAGCUUCACGCACAGCUCUCUUCGUCUGUGAUAUGCAAGAAAAGUUUCGGUCUAGCAUUUCACAUUUUGCUGCCAUCACUAGUGUGUCUGGGCGGCUUAUUGCCGCUGCAAAAAUGCUCGGAAUGCCUAUCAUCGUGACCGAGAUGUAUCCUAAGGGUCUUGGUCAAACUGUUGAAGACUUGGGUGACCUCUCGGGCAUCCCGGUCAUUCCAAAGUUGUCGUUCUCUAUGAUUACGAAGGAGUUGGAAUCGAUGGUGGAUUUGAAGAAGGAUGUGAAUUCAGUAAUUCUGUGUGGUAUUGAGACUCAUGUCUGCGUUCAGCGCACUGCACUAGAGUUACUGGAGCGUGGGAUCGAUGUACACUGCGUUGCGGAUGCUGUUUCGUCCCGCUCCAUGGUGGACAGGAUGUUCGCUCUGGAGCGUAUGCGCCAAUCUGGUGUCUUUGUGACCACCAGCGAGUCAAUCAUAUUGGGUCUUGUGGAUGGAUCUGAGCACCCACUCUUCAAAAGCCUUCAAAACCUCAUUAUCCCCAAGGCACCUGACAGUGGUCUUCUCUCAUUAAAGGCUGAAGAACAUAAGUUGUGA